AUGGAAAUGACCGAUGAAGCCAAGGCGGAAUGGGACAAGAGAAGGAAGGAGAAGCAAAAGGCAGCAAACGCGGCAUGGUGGGCUGCCCUGACCCCUGAGCAAAGGAAGAAGAAGCAAAGGGAACGGAGACGAACAUACCGAAUCAACAAUCGAGAAAAACUCAAGGCAAAACACAAGGCAUGGUGGGCUGCCAUGACCCCUGAGCAAAGAACCAAGACGAGGGCCAGAUGGGCAAAGACACCAAAGCCAAAGAGCGUGCCCAAGGACCCAAAGCGAUGUGCUGCUGAGAGAACAGCCCAAAGAAAGGCCGACCCAUUGCAGAAUCCCAAAGCCAUGCAUUAUCAGAGGGUCCGAAGGGCGAAGAAGACAUAUCAAAAGGCACAAACUCCCAAGGCCAAACUCAGACUUGCAAUCGCGCAAGUAGCAAGAUAUAAGUUUAAUCAGCAAAACGGAGUCAGAACGAGGGAGAUUCCUUCGGCAGAAUUUUUCGAAUUGGCUAAGCUAUAUAUAAAGGAUGAGCCCACCGGAGCUGAUGCUGAUCAAUCUGAAGACGAAAAUGACGCUGAUAAUGAUCUUUCACCGUAUCAAUCAGAGGAAGACCAUUUUGACUCGGAUGCUGACCUCGAUACUGACUCAGAAUGUUGA